AUGACCGUCAACAAGCCACAGGAGUCUGCUAUUGAGGCACUGCGCAUUGAGCUGGCGGCUGUCUCACUCGAGCUCAGGAGCACACAGAUAGACCUCAUGGAUGCGAACGAUGGCCUUGCAUCGACACAGGAAGAGCUUGAGGACACACUGGCCAAGCUUGAUGAGACCCAACUCGAGCUGCAAAACACUCGCGAUGCCCUUACCAACAGUGAGCGUGCCCGCCAGGAAGCCAACCGUGACCGUAUCCUCACACGGCCACCUAGACAGCAGGAGGUCUUUGUUGUCUUGAAGUUCCGAUCGCCACAGCCAUUGCCUGUCGGUGGUUAUCGCCUCUUCACUCUGCAGCAAAAGGCUGUUGACCGCACCUUGAACCAGUUCAAGGCUGACAACCCGGAGCUCGAUGCUAUUGUGAUGAACGAGCUACGAUUCAACCGCUCCCCGAGAGGACACAAUGUCUUCCAGCGUAUCAAGGAUGACAAGGAGGCGCCCAUCAAGUCGAGUCGCCGCAACUUCGUUCUCAAGGAGGGCCACACAGAGGAUGAGAUGGUGGAGUACAUCACAAGUGUCUUCGGCAUCCACACACGAGAGUAG